AUGAAGAAAGAGUUUCUUGAAAAUUUGGUGGAACUUGCUUCAAAGAAGAAGGGGAAACGUCCUUGUCACAUCAGUAUUUUUAGUAUUGAACAAAGUCCUGUUUACAAGCAUCCAGAGAAAUGGUCGAAACGUUACUGCAUAAUGCCUCAUAGCAACAAAAUAGAUACCUACAAGCCUUUGAAUAAAAGUAUAUACGGUAUGCUUUUUGCGGAAUCACCAAGAAUGACAUAUCUUUCUCGUAUAGUGGUUCCAAAAUCUUUUCUUAUUCCGAUGACGUUGUACAAAAACAACAUUCAGACAAAUCAACAAUUGAAUUCGGCAUCACGUUUUCUUCUUGGGCCAUUAAUAACAGAAAAGCAUUCUGAAGAAGACCCAAUAUUGUAUUAUCCGAAAUCUCAAAAGCUUUUUGAACAUAUUGGAAAAGCCUCCGGGAAAGAAGAAAUUAGUAAAGUACCAAAGAUAUUUUUUCGAGUUUCAUCAAAUGAGUACAUCACAGAAAACAUGGAUGUGGGAUGGGCUAGAAAUACAACACGGGUUAUGGAAAGACUAUUUGCACAAGAAGUAGAUACAAAAGUUGGAGGAUUGGCAGAGAAUGAUACAUUCACAAGCAAUAAAGACAGCUUCAUAGUAUUGAAUUUUACGGAUACUGAUGAAUCAAUGCACAUUGACUGGGUUUCCAAUCAAACCAUCAUAAAAGUAAAGUCGUUACUGGCUGAUUAUCCAACCAUUUUUGCAAAGCUUCGUAAACUCAUUGAUGAAUCGUCAAAAGAACCUCAUGUUACAUCGGGAAAAAGCAAUGACGCGUACAAUCUCCUAUUAGCAAUAUACAAGUUUGCAUUAUUCAAAGACAGCUGA